GCGGCGGCGUUUUUUCGUAAAACUAGCGUUGGAGCUUCUAUGUUGUUUCUUGUUUUUAUAUUGAUAAAACACGUCAUCUUACAUUCACAUAUAUAUAUUUAUGCACCUAAUUUGUUAAAGUUGAUCGUUUAAUCUUUAAGACAUUUUUACUGCUCGCAAGUAAACAUUUCAAAGCUCGGUGAUGCAGCUGGAGGUUUAACUGAUCUGAUUAAGAAACCACAAAAAAUUAAGAUGGGAAAAAUGGCUGAAGAUUUGGAUGUUGAAGCUUUGCUAGAAGCAGCGUAUAAAAAAGAAGUGAGUAGUGUUUUAGGUUUUUAAUGAUAGUUUUUCAGUUUCUUGUUACUUAAUGACCUUUCCAUUUUUAAUUUUUUUUUACAUCUUUAAAAUAAUGUUCUUACUCUAUCUUGUAGAAUGAAUUGAUUGGUCCCUGUUCCUAUGGAUUACUUAAUCAAGGAUGACGGUUCAGACAGAUACAAUGGAAGUCAUAAUGGAGACAAAGAAAAUCGCAGAUCCAGUACAAAAAAGAAAAGAAGAAGUAGAAGUCGAAGCAGAGGCCGUGACAUAAAACGCAGUCGUAGCAGAGAUCGGCGCAGCCGCAGCAGAGAUAGACUUAGCCGAGAAAGGCGGAGAAGCAGAAGUCGUGGCAGACGAAGCAGGAGUAGGGAUCGUCGGCGUAGAAGUUAUAGUCGGGAAAGAAAAGAACGUCGUAGAACAAGGAGCCGUAGCAGAGAUAAAAGACGUCUUAGCCGUGAUAGAAGAUCCAGAUCUAGAUCUCCCCCUCGUAGGGAUCGUCGAAGGCAUAGAACCAGAUCCAGAAGCCCUAGACGACAUGCUUCUCCACCUCGAAGUCCAAUUGGGGGCCAUACACAGUUUUUUGACAGUCUUCGUAAUAAAUUGCCUAAUGAUGAUAUUAGUCCAGAAGAUAGAGAUUUAAGGACUAUAUUCUGCAUGCGCCUUUCUCAAAGAGUUCGUGCUCGAGAUUUAGAAGAAUUUUUCUCUUCAGUUGGACCAGUCAGGGAUGUCAAAAUCAUUAUGGACAAUAAAACUAGAAGAUCAAAAGGAAUUGCAUAUGUCGAGUUUGCGAGUGUCGAUUCCAUUCCUUUGGCAUUAGCUCUGAAUGAUACUGAAUUGAUGGGAUAUAAAAUCCAUGUUCAACUGUCUCAAGCUGAGAAGAAUAGAGUUGCUGCAAGUUCAAGUGUUAUGGCAAAAGGAAACCCUGGUCCAAUGCGAUUAUAUGUAGGCUCCUUGCAUUUUAACAUCACAGAAGAAAUGCUGCGGGGAAUUUUUGAACCGUUUGGAAAAAUUGAAAGGAUAGAACUUAUAAAAGAUACAGAAACUGGAAGAUCUAAAGGAUAUGGUUUUAUCAGUUUUUAUGAUUCUGAAGAUGCCAAAAAAGCAUUAGAGCAAUUAAAUGGAUUUGAAUUGGCUGGUAGACCUAUGAAAGUUGGUCAUGUUACAGAAAGAACAGACAUUGCUCAAGGUCCAUCAUUUCUUGACAGUGAUGAAUUAGAUCGAACUGGAAUAGAUUUGGGUGCUACUGGGAGGCUUCAGCUCAUGGCAAAACUUGCUGAAGGUACUGAUUUAAAUAUUCCAGCUGCUGCUGUGUCAGCAUUACAAAUGUCUCAAGGGAUGGUGACACCUCAACAAACUAUUACACCACCUAUUGCCACUCAGUGCUUUUUACUUUCGAACAUGUUUGAACCAACAAGUGAAACCAAUCCGACUUGGGAUGAAGAAAUACGAAAUGAUGUAAUUGAAGAAUGCAAGAAGCAUGGAGGUGCUAUGCAUGUAUUUGUAGACAAAUUAUCUCCUCAAGGAAAUGUUUAUGUUAAAUGUCCUACAAUAGCUGCUGCAGUUGCUUCUGUAACUGCCCUACAUGGCAGAUGGUUUGCAGGAAGAGUCAUUACUGCAGCAUAUGUUCCAGUUGUUAAUUAUCACAGUCUUUUCCCUGAUUCAAUAGUUGCUCCCAUAUUGGGGUGAUGAGUUCGAUUAGUGUUCAUUUGUAAGCCUGUGAAACCUUUGGAGUUAGAACUUUGUUAUUGUGUGGACCUGCACAGUAUUUGCGCAUGUGUGUAUGUGUAUAAUUGUCAGCAGAACAAAAUACAUUCUGUACUUUCAUUGUAUAUAUUUUGCAUAAAAUUUUUGAUGCUA